AUGGGUCUGCUACCUGGGAAGCCAAACAAUGGGGAAGCCAAACCAGCUGGGAAGCCAAACCAACUGGGAAGCCAAAGCAACUGGGAAGCCAAACAGCUGGGAAACCGAACCAACUGGGAAGCCAAACCAACUGGGAAGCCAAACAGCUGGGAAGCCAAACCAACUGGGAAGCCAAACCAGCUUGGAAACCAAACCAACUGGGAAGCCAAACCAACUGGGAAGCCAAACAGCUGGGAAGCCAAACCAACUGGGAAGCUAAACCAGCUGGGAAACCAAACCAACUGGGAAGCCAAACAGCUGGGAAGCCAAACCAACUGGGAAGCCAAACCAGCUGGGAAACCAAACCAACUGGGAAGCCAAACAGCUGGGAAGCCAAACAGCUGGGAAGCCAAACCAACUGGGAAGCCAAACCAGCUGGGAAACCAAACCAACUGGGACGCCAAAGCAACUGGGAAGCCAAACCAACUGGGAAGCCAAACCAGCUGGGAAGCCAAACAGCUGGGAAGCCAAACAGCUGGGAAACCAAACCAACUGGGAAGUCAAACCAGCUGGGAAGCCAAACAGCUGGGAAGCCAACCAGCUGGGAAGCCAAACCAGCUGGGAAGCCCGAUAGCUGGGAAACCAAACCAACUGGGACGCCCAACAGCUGAGAAGCAAAACCAGCUGGGAAGCCCAACCAACUGGGAAGCCAAACAGCUGGGAAGCCCAACCAACUGGGAAGCCAAACCAGCUGGGAAGCCAAACAGCUGGGAAGCCAAACAGCUGGGAAACCAAACCAACUGGGAAGUCAAACCAGCUGGGAAGCCAAACAGCUGGGAAGCCAAACAGCUGGGAAACCAAACAGCUGGGAAACCAAACCAACUGGGAAGUCAAACCAGCUGGGAAGCCAAACAGCUGGGAAGCCAAACAGCUGGGAAACCAAACAGCUGGGAAACCAAACCAACUGGGAAGUCAAACCAGCUGGGAAGCCAAACAGCUGGGAAGCCAAACCAGCUGGGAAGCCCGAUAGCUGGGAAGCCCAACCAACUGGGAAGCCAACCAGCUGGGAAGCCAAACCAGCUGGGAAGCCCGAUAGCUGGGAAGCCCAACCAACUGGGAAGCCAAACCAGCUGGGAAGCCAAACAGCUGGGAAGCCAAACAGCUGGGAAACCAAACCAACUGGGAAGUCAAACCAGCUGGGAAGCCAAACCAGCUGGGAAGCCCGAUAGCUGGGAAACCAAACCAACUGGGACGCCCAACAGCUGA